GUGUGUGUCUUUUUUUCCUUUUCUUUUUGUAACCAGGUGAAACAAAGAUGCUUGUGUCAACCAAGACAUCAAUGGAAGGCCAGAAGUUGUCAUUUGUAAAUGAUCUUACAGUGACCAGGGAUGGGAGGAAGAUCUACUUCACUGAUUCCAGCAGUAAAUGGAAAAGACAACACUACUUGUUCCUGGUUAUGGAAGGCACAGAUGAUGGGCGCCUCCUUGAAUAUGACACAGUGACAAAAGAAGUGAAAGUCUUAAUGGUGGGGCUGAGGUUUCCCAAUGGUGUACAGCUGUCUCCUGCAGAAGACUUUGUCCUGGUGCUGGAGACAACCAUGGCUAGAAUCAGAAGGCAAGUAUGACUUUGGAAUUAUUGCUAGUCUGUGUACGGAUUGUUUCA